AUGGUGUAUUGCAACAGCAGCAGCAGCACCACAAUCGCAGCAGCAACAGCAACAACAACAACAACAACAGCAGCAGCAUCAACAGCAGCAGCAUCAUCAACAGCAGCAGCAUCAACACCAGCAGCAGCAUCACCAACAACAACAACAACAGCAGCAUCAACAGCAGCAGCAUCAUCAACAGCAGCAGCAGCAACAACAGCAUCAACACCAGCAGCAGCAGGAGCAGCAUCAACAGCAGCAGCAGCAGCAGCAGCAGCAGCAGCAAGAGACCUUUGCGAAUAUGAUGAACAGCAAUGUCAGGCUCUGCGCUGA